AUGUGGGAACUGGUGGAUCCUCAAACACGGCGUUGCGCCAGUCUGAUCAGCGAGAAGGACGAAGACCCUUCAGGGGUGGUGAUGGAUCCGAUCCAGGCUGUGGCCUGGGCGCUAGGAACCACUUCUUUCGUGCUUGCAGUGCUCACUCCCAGUUCCCUGCUCGAGGAGAUUCUGGAGGGACUAGUCCCGGCGCCGAGCGGAGAGAGCUUGGCGCUGUUAGCGCCAUGA